CCGAGAACCUUCGUGCUUUUUGCAAUUAUACUGAGUCCAUAGAACACCAUAGGUGGAAAGCUGUGUCAAACACGACCAAGGGUAAAAAAGGAGGAGCUCGGCGACCAAAUGUGAAAGUGAAAGCUUUCCGAAAGUGUCCGGAAGAGCUGCAGACCAACCGAACCCAGACAGAGGGACCACUGAUCUGAUGCUAAAGUGUCAUUAAGAGCAACACUUGAUAGACAUAGUUAAUAAUUUGUAGCAGCAGCAAUGUCAAAAACGGCCGUGAUCAAAACUAGCAAGGUCAACUGUGCCAAGGUUGAAAAGUUCCGCGAGUUUGUGUUUCAGCAGGCAGAGGACUUAUUCUCAAAUCAAAUUCCCUUGAAGAUCAUACAGCUGGACAAUUUCUUAAAGGAACCUGACUUUAAUGUCACAGAUCUAUCCUUACUCCAUGCCCCCCUAGAUAUUCCAAUCCCAGACCCCCCCACCCCUGAAGAUGAGGAGAUGGAAACUGACAAGAAUGAAGAGGAUGAGAAGAAAAAGAAGAAAGCUCCAAAGUGUGGAUACAUUGGGGGCAAUGAGAAGAUGAUGAAGUUGCUGAACAGGGUGAAGCCAGAGAUCCGAGAUUUGAAGGAAACCUGCAUUUUGGUGGCCUGCUGGAUUCAGCAUUUGAUCCCAAAGAUAGAGGAUGGCAAUGACUUUGGAGUUGCAAUCCAGGAGAAAAUUCUUGAAAGAAUUACAGCAGUGAAAACAAAGUUGGAGGGCUUUCAGACCAACAUCAACAAGUAUUUUUCAGAGAGAGGUGAUGCUGUGGCCAAAGCAUCCAAAGAUACCCAUGUGAUGGACUACCGCUCACUGGUCCAUGAGAAGGAUGAGGCGGCCUACUCUGAGAUCCGAGUGGUGGUGCUGGACAUCCGUGGCUUCUACGCAGAGCUGUAUGACAUUAUCAGCAAGAAUCAGGACAAAGUGACAAACCCGAAAGGCGAAGAGAAACCCUCUAUGUACUGAUGAAUGGGAGCUAUGGAGAAUGGAUGGGGAAGGGGGAGUGGCACAUGUCUGCACUUCUCUUCCCUCUGUCAAACCAUCUUUAGCAGCAAUACCAGUUUACUUCACAUUAAAGAAAAAAGAAGCAAAGGACAGUGUGGCAUGUUGAUUUCCUAGUACAUUUUUGUGUGUCUGGUGUCUGGUUUCAUCUCAAUAAAGCAUUGAUUUUAAAGGGUUCUCAAGGAGUAUUGGUCUAUUAUAACAAAUCAUAACUUAUCAGCAUCAUUACCACCUGUAUCCAGCUGUCCUUUGUCACCUUUUUUAAUUGCUAUA